CCCUGAUAAUAAACAGGAAAAAAUAGAGUUUUAAGACAGCACAGUGAUACGUAUGUCUAUUUCUACUGAUUGAACGCCAUCUAGAUAACCUGCAACAUAGAACAGCAGUAAGAAGAAGUUGUUUAUAUGUUUACAUCGGAAAUAAUCGAGACAUAAAGAUCUGAUAACAUGGCGAGCUCAUCUGCUGUUUCCUUGCCGAUUCUACACGUUCGAGGGAAUUACUACGAUGUCGGAUACCAUACUGGUUCAACGUUUCAAAACAGGAUAAAGUCAUUUUAUCAAAGGUCGCUGCUUGUACAGGAAAAAUUACUUCCGUUUUACUCGCAGAGGCGAGGACGAGAAAUAGCAGAAGUUUACCUACGAGGGGCACGUGACAACUUUCCCAAGCUGAUCCGUGAGAUACAAGGACUGGCCGAUGGAGUGGGAAUGUCAUUUGAAGAUAUUUUCAUACUUAAUAUUGCAAAAGAAGUUUAUAAUUGUCACUUUAAUGAAAUGAAAAGUUGGCCCCCUGAAUCUGAUAACCUGGGAUGUUCUGACAUUAUGGUCAACACUCCGGCAGUAAAACUGAUAGCGCAUAAUGAAGAUUGCGACCCAGAGUCAAAAAACUUCGGCUUCAUGGUCAGUGCUCAUAUCAUAGAAGACUCUACUGAAGAAAAGUUUACAGCAUUCUCGUAUCCUGGCAGUUUGCCAGGCAAUACUUUCGCUUUUAAUAAGCAUGGUAUGAUUUUUGCCUGUAACGGACUUUAUCCUAAAACUGCUCUAUUAGGAGCGACUCCCAGAUAUUUCUUGAACAGAUGUAUGAUGGCUGCCACGACUGCUGACCAUGCACUGGAAAUUGGCAAGAACGUGGGUGGCGGAUGUGCUGUUGGGUUCAACCUGAAUAUCGGGAACUGGAAAAACCCUCAAGAUAUGUGGGGGCUGGAAAUAGGGCCCGGCAAAAAUGAAAGCAUGGUCCAUCUGCAUACUUUCCAUGAACAAACCAAUGAAUGUGAUUCGCCUAGUUAUGUACAUACCAACAACUACAAACACCUGCAUGUCGAAGAAAUGGAUAACCUUUCAUCCACCAUAGCCCGUAUGAAACGUAUCUUAGAGUUUAAAGCGCCCUCUACAGCACAGGAAGUGAAAACAAUCUUAGGAGACACACAGAAUGCCGAAUAUCCCAUUUACCGCACACCUAGUGCCACGGACAUUGGGAAGACUGUAGCUACCGCCCUGUUUGAUCUUAAAGAGAGACAAAUGGAACUGUACUUGGAUAACCCCAAGUUUGCUCAAUCGCCAGUCUUCGCUUUACCCUUGGUGUAGGUCAAGUCUAAGGACACUUGUCGCUAUUUACACUUUUCAUUGUAAAUACUUUUGCCAUUGCAGUACUGUUAAAUCAGGUUCACGGGAUAACAUAUGUGAUGCACGGAUGUUUUGUUAGUCUGUAUUUUUUUUAAUAGAAAUAAUAUAAUGUUCUAAUAUGAAUGCAUGUCAACUUGAAUGGACUUUCUGUGUCUCCGCUGAAAUUGUCUCGGAAAUUGCACAAACAUAUGGCCAGUAUAUUUGAAAUAAAAUGUCUUUGGUUCUACAUUGGAAAUAUCGCUAAAAAACAGCAUGCUGUAAAAGAUUGCUGAAGGCCUUCUAAAUAUACUAUACCAAGUAGACCGGACAUAUAUACUGAUCGUGAAGAGUAUCUAGGAGUCUUUUAUACAAUUUAAAUAUAAAGGAUGACGUAAACGUUUGGUAAAGUGACAUUUCUUAUUUGGAUUGACCAAACUUACAUGGCGGGUGUCGUCGAUGGUUUAGGUGACGCUUACUCUUUAUUACCACUUUGUCUUAUUCUUCUUUUACGUCUAAGCACAAAUAUUUUACUGUUUAAAACAAUAUCUUUA